CAUCAUAAUACAGAGGAAUGGCCAAUAGAUCAGACGACAAUCUACUUAACAAAUGGAAUGAAGAGCUUUCCAAUGUCUUACUUCCAAACUCUGUCUUUCUCGCUAUAUGCAUAGCAGUGGGGUUCAUCGGAAACGUUCUCGUAAUUUUUAUCUAUGGAUUCAAACUCCGAGGAGCAAAGGAACGGUAUUUCAUCCCCAUCCUUGCUCUGGCUGACCUUUUGGCUGUAACAGAGACUUCGGGGUUCAAUAUUUCCUAUAAUUUUAACCCCGUGGAAUAUGACCGUGAGCUUCUCUGUAAAUGGGGAUGGUUUUUCGGUUACCUGACGGCCAUGGUUUCCAUAUUUCUUCUUGUGGUGAUUGCUAUACAACGUUAUCUCAAGAUCUGCAGACCCUUUGCCAAACAGAUGUCCCUAAAAUGGAAGAGAGUUGCUGUCUUAUGUUCAUGUGUUUUAGCUGCUGUGCUCUCGGCUCCGAUUCCAGUAACGUAUGGACUGGAUCCCGCGUAUAAUGAACGUUAUAAAGUCACCGGAAGUGCCUGUCGCCGACUGACCCAAGAGAAUCGACUUUUAUCUCUUUCCCACGCCAUUGUGUGUAAUGUUCUAGUUUUUGUGUUUGUGUGGGUUCUGAUUCUCCUGUAUACUUUGAUCGGACAAAGAAUCUAUAAACAACUUCAGCAGUGGGACAGGGGGCAGAAGCUUUCCACAAUCAACAAAAAAGAAAAUCAGAGAGAAGAUGACUCUGAAAACACUAAUCAGAGAAACAAACCAACAAUGUUCAGAAUAACAUUCAUGUUUAUGUUGAUUUCUUUUAUUUUUAUUGUCAGCUUUUCUCCAAAAGUGGUCAUUUUCAUCCUGGAGUGUAUCGAUGACAGAUUCUGGGACUCGAUGACAUACAGUACCAGACUUCUGGUCAGGUUCUUUGACGUCUUGUUUAUCGUCAAUAACAUCGCUAAUCCUCUGGUGUACGCAUUUCUGGACGUCAAGUUUUCUCAGGAGCUAAAGAAAAUAUUUUGUGACUUUGACUACUCCCUGUGAGUAAGUCGGGUCUUACGGUAGUAGCAUAGUUCAUUCUUU